AUGUACAGUUGUUCAAAUAAUAGACCCAUAUUUGGUGGAGGAUUCGAUGUUGCAAUUUUCAGCUACGCCUCAUCCAACACAGAUUCUUACACAGACCUUGGAUACACCUACAGUCCACCAUCUGGCCACAGUUAUGGAAGCUCCUUCACCAAAUCAUUCCUGGUAGGAAGUUACCAUUUUUAACCUGAUGAAGUUGAAGUGUUUUAUGAAAGUAUUUGAAACAAACGAACUAAAGCAGCAAUGAAAUUCACUUUCUAUUUGCUUACAAUCGAAACAGAUGUCUCUGUCUAGGUUAUGAUCACAAAGAUAAAGCUUUAACCGAUGUUGAGUAACAGCACUAUACUGUCCAAUUAUAUGGAAAUGGUCAUUUUUAGUCGCUAAAUACAGAGCGUACACCAAUUGAUCAAAAUGACACUAUGUUGAACUCGUGGAUAAACUCUGCAAAUUAUAAUUAUAAUAAAUAGAGUUCUAUUAAAAGCUAAUGAUCCUUUCAAUCCAACAAACAGACUGAAGCAGUCACUCCACAAGUCCUCCCAAUCCACCUCUUAGGCUUUAGAAAUCAUGUGUAGUGUCACGUGACUUUUUAUGUGAACAAACCGCGAAAGUUCGGACAUUGAGUCAACCAACCACUACCCGCGUACGAACUUCGGCUUCGGCAUGUAAAUAAUUUCCACUGUCGUGGAGCGUUUCGAUGCUCAAAAUCCAUUUCUUUGUGUUCAAAUGUUUGAUUAUUUAUCAACCGAGUUGAUAUUUCGCUAACGCCAGGGUAGAUGCGAGGAAUGUAACAAGAAUCGUUCCGGGUGCCCCAGCGGAUUUGGACCCCACUAGAUUUGGACCCCCGGUCCAAAUCCGCUAUCGGAUAUGGACCCCCCUCCGCGGAUUUGGACCCCCCAAAAAAACUGAGUGAAAACGUCAUCCGUAACGUUCUGGUAAAUGGAUGAUACUUUACGUUCCAGUGUGUAUUAAAGUAUGUUUUUAAUUCAAAACAUACGUAUCGUUAAUACAUACGCACUGGCAUCCCGUCGGAUGUUUCUUUUGACCAAGAUAAAAUGGGCAAGAAUUUAGUUUAAUGUCUGGAGAGAGGUCUUUUUGAACCUUUUCCGCGAUAGUCGAACACCGCUAGAUUCAAUAAGAGACAAACUUGUGACUUAUUUAUUUUGUCAUUGUUCAAUGCCCGAGUGCUGGAACGACAUGGUACAGUGCGAGUGGUGCGAGGAAAGGUUACACAUGUUAAGGUGUUAUUUCGGAUCCCUCAACAGUUAAUAAUCGUUAAAAUUAGAAAAUAAGAUUGAGUUCGAUGUAAUAGUCUCCCCUUUUGUUACGACGUUAACAUCAAUGUUGAUUUGCAUCUGAAAAUUAGCUGAGAGUUCCAAUAGUUCAGAAUAGAAACAUUUUUACUCAUCAUAGGCUUUACGAACGACUUGUAGUAGGAGAAGUUUCUCCGUGCUUGUUCAAAAACUGUUUAAUGUCAUUAUUUUAGAAAAUCAGACUGAGUUAUUUUUGUGACUGGACGCAAUAGUCUCCACUAUUGUUAUGACGUUUCGUACCAAUGUUGAUUCGCAUCAGAAGAAGCAAAGAUUUAUUGUAACAAUUUCAAUAGUUCGAAUGCAGUAGUUUGUUCACAUCUAAUUCUUGCGUAUACUGUACGAAUCGCUAUAAUGAAUGCGGUAGAAUUGGAACGAAAUGGCUGUUUUUUUGUUUUUUUUUUUAACCUUUAUUGAGGAAAAUUUGUGUUUUGAUUGAAAAGAACAUCGACAAAAAAACUUGCAAAUGGAAUUGGUUACCAAAUACGAUACAAAGGAUGCUUAAAAGGAAAGUUUGGUAAGGGGGAAAGGGGAGUCCAAAUCUGCGAAGGGGGGUCCAUAUCCGCUAACGGAUUUGGACGGGGGGGUCCAAAUCCACUAUGACACCGGCAUGGAAUAAUCAAACUAGUACUUCGCGCGUAAAGUGAUGUAUCUGAUCAGGUAUUUUCAGGGCGUUAAUCACGUAGAUUGUCAAGUGAAACCAGAUUUGAUGGGAAAUUUAUACCCCGUUAAUUUGGGCAAUUUAUCAAAAAGCUUGUAUAGCUUUUUUAACACACGUAUAAAGAAGGUAGUUAAAUAGUUUCUUAGGAAAGCAAAUAAAUAUUUUCGCUUCUGGUGACUUUCAUGACGAUAUCGCGUUUUGUGCAACAACUUUUCACUAGAGACCGUCACACUCCCGGUUCUGAGAUCCAAGAUAGUAAUUUUUCUCGUCUAAAUUAAAGAAAUUGGUUAAAUACUCCUCAAAUUAUUCGAUUCUAAAAACUACGCAUUAGCGUGCAUGAUACAGCUAUGCCAUGUCACAUGGAUUUCAUUUCCCUGCAGGACAAAAUCAAACACAAACUAAUGAAAUACCUAAGCCAUUUUAUCCCCGUUCACUCCAACAACUCUUCCUAUGAUAUUUAAUAUGUUUUGUCUGGCAAAUUUUUCAUGUAAGUGAUAUUCUUGUCGAUAAGAGUCACACUAAAAGAACUGCCGAAAUGAAAGUUUCAUCUUAACUUCGUUCAAUUGUGAGCCAAAUCUAUCCAAGCGAACGAACUCUAUUCCUCCUAUUUAAAGAUUAAGAAAAAAAAUUUAAUCUGUUCCUGAAAACUGUGUAAGUGAUAUUUUAAGCUAUGGGGUUACACCGAAACAGCUCAGCGCUGAAAGGAAAGUUUAAUCUUAAUUUCCGUUGGAGCUACAUCAGUCCCCGCGAACGAACCACAUUCCUCCUGUUUUAAAGAUCGCCAAUACAGAAAUGGAUGCAAAGAGGAACAUCCGCACGGAUUCUAGUGAAACGAUCAUCAGAAUUUCCGUGGCAAUUUCAGUGACUUCUUUGACUCUUGUGACAUUGUUGUUUAUGAGGAUCGAGUUUGUGUACAACAAUUCGAAAGCGCUGGAAACAAGGCUUGAAAACCGAAUUCAGCGGAUUGACGAUGACCUGAAAAUAAACAUAGAGAGAAUAGUGAAGAAGAGGUUACAAAUUUUUGAAACUGCAUCCACAGCAAGGAGAAAGGAAAGGCCUGAUGUUAUCUUAGGUGAGUCAUUGGUUACACAUACGUCGGUUAUGUUAGCUUUUUUUUAAUAACCAACAUUAUACUGCAUCACAGUCUAAAAUGAUAUUUUCAUAGGCUUGCCUCUUAAUUCUACAAACAGAAUACUCGCUAUAAUUCUCCUGCCGUUGAUUGUGAAAUAAGGCAGAGCGAAAAUAUAUCUUAAGUUGUAUUUUAUUUGUUAUCCUUCUGCCAAGGGUAUUUUUUGAAAAGGUCAAACUCAGCUGACGCUUAAAAUCUUAAUUAUUUUCUUUCUUCACAAGCUUUUUGCGAAAGAGCACGCGUAAGGUAACCAACAAGUGAACGUUUCUGGUAUUGUUUCGCUUUACUCAAGAAACUGUAUGGUUAUCGAAAACAUCUGCAUUCACAUUACGGUAAUGUAGGGUGACAUGCAUUCGUGCGUCAGACCACCAAAGAAUGCAGAAUGGAUCAGGUAACAUUUUGUUGAACCAAAUCGAAAUUAUGACUCCUACUGUUUUAACAUUCUGAAACACAGCUGUAUACAUUCUCAUUCUCCUUCAUAUUUUCUCAUUUCUUUCUCUUCACCCUAAACAUCAAUUGAUAAACGACGACAUCAAUUCAGCUGAAAUUUUCUUUCGCAUUUCAAAAUGCAUUACUUCAUUGAUCCCAUAAGAAACAUUUGUUAUCGUAACUUCUACAGGUUUUGAAAGCAAAGGAGGAAGCGUGUCAUCAAUUAUCCUUGAUCAUAAAAGAGAGAGAAGAAAUGUUCCCGCAGGAACAAUAACUCUUCGGCAAGUCCGCCAGGAAAUCAACAACAAGUUCAAUCAGUCCUGCAAUGUAAACAACAAGAUUUGUCAGACAGGACCUCCAGGUCCUCCAGGUGCCCACGGGUAUCCAGGGUACAAAGGAGAAAAAGGAGCCACAGGGAAAACCGGGACAAGAGGCCGUCAGGGACCAAUCGGGGCCCCAGGCGCGAGUGGCAAAAGAGGACCUUUGGGACCUCAGGGAGUAAAGGGUGACAAGGGCGACAAAGGGUCCGUUGGGGCACCCGGGAUAAGAGGAGAGACUGGAACAAAGGGUCGUCAAGGACGACAAGGAUCUAUUGGCUUUAAAGGAAGCAAAGGCAGCAAAGGAUUGGUUGGUAUUCAGGGACCAAAGGGAGAAUGUGUUGUUCCACUGAAGAUCAGAGUAUAUCCAGUAUCUCAGGAAGUCUUUGUGCACGAGCCUGUAAUAUUUUACUGUUGGGUUCAAGGCCAUCUUUCGUCCAAGAUAACGUGGCGUAAACUUGGAGGUACUCUAUCUGAUGCUACUGUGGAAGAUGGUGCGCUUCGAAUAAGUAGCGUACAAAGGUCACAUGCUGGGUCAUACAUGUGUACAGGUCAUACUGGUUUGGGAAUGUUCCGAAUGAUAAGCAGAUUGCACGUAAAAGGUAGGGUCUUUUACUUUUGAGCGACUUUCUGCUUAGCUUUCAGUUGUUCGAAAUGUUAGGAGACGAACGUCGUUUUUUUCCAAAAUAAGUAAUGCCACUAAUCUAAUCAUCAUGGUUAUCAGCUCGGUGGAUCAAGACUUUUCUAAUACCAAGAAAAUAUAACCUGAACGAUUCUGGUGUGCCUUGUUUUCGGUAAAGCUGCUUGUCCAUGAGCUCGAAAAAUAUGAUAGGCUUUGUCACGCCAUCUUUAGCUCAGACUCACGAUCUUCUCCAAGUUUUUUUUGUGUCUGUUAAUUAUUUUUUCUUUCUUCAGGACCGCCUAAAUUUACCAACAGGCCCCCUACAGUGGUCCAUACAUUGCUAGGAACCAAUGUAACCCUCUGCUGCGAGGCCUCAGGUUCUCCUCGUCCAAACAUUGAAUGGUUCCAGACCCAAAAGUCUUCUGUCUCAUUUCCUGUUUUCCAGGAAGAUGGAUGUCUUCUAUUUAAAAUGGUGAAAGAAAACAUAAAAGUAGAUUUCAUCUGCCGGGCGAAAAACAGCUUCGGACUGGCAGAGACAACAACCACGAUGAUUGCAGCAUUAUUGGCAGGUAUUAUUUACCAGUUAAUUUUGCAGCAGAGCUUUAAAAAUAUGUAAAUGGAAGGUAGUAUCACUUGUCUUAAUAGCACGGCAUGUUUGUUAAAUGGAUCCAGCAGUUAAAAAAUAUCCCAAAACUGCCCUUAGGUAGCUCAUGGUGUAGAGCGCCGGACUUAUUGCAGUAAGUAGAGGGUUCCACACUAAGAGUCUUAAAAUAGCUUAGGAGAGUUGCCACUACCAUGACAUCUUCAAGUAGUGAAACAUUUUAGUCUUCUCGGAUAAAGACGAUAUACUUCUACGUCUCUCUGUACUGGUUAGCAGGGGACGUCAAAGAACUCACACACUUCUCGCAAAGAGUAGCGAACAUAUCCUCUGGUGUUGUGUUCUGGCCUUGCUAUUAUUUAUACAGGCCCUAUUUAACAAGUUUUAAAGCUGAACUGGGCCAACAAGUCUGACUAUAACAAAUAAAUAAAUGAAUACAGUAAAUACAUUUAUAAAGUUUGCUGCUAUUUGUGCUAAUUCAUUCUUAUUUGGGAUCAAAUUGUGUUCCGGGACCAACACCAAAAUUGGUCCCUUCUAGAUUAAGCAGUUAAAAACAGGCUGCAAAAUCUUUCAUUUUCAGGUCUGGAGCAAUCAGAAAUACUGGCAAACAAUGAUCAUCACUUACGCACUUUGAGUUUUUGGUUAGGAUCUGUUGUGCAGAGCCAGUCCUCUUACUGGAAGCGCUGCUGGCGAGCAUCAGUGGAUGGUUGGGCCGGCACUACCUUCCACUCAAAGUGUAACAACAAAGGGCCCACAGUGACCAUUAUCCGUGUGGGAAAAUACAUCUUUGGUGGAUACACCAGCACAUCAUGGAGUAAGUGAAUGAUUGAAUGCUUUCACUUCAUUUUUUUAUUUCAUUGAAACGUGCCUCCACUUUUUAUCAUUUGAAACUACAUGCGGUAACUUAUUUUCCAGAACUCGUGUAAGUGACAUAAAGUCUCUCCUCUAAAAUUACUUCAACCUGAAAAGAAACUCUGACAUAAAGUUUCUGUUGUCUGAUUAUCUGAUUGGAAUUAAAUUUUGACACAAGAUCAUGCUCGAUUAGGAAAAGCUGUUCUCUGUAUUAACGCUAUAACUUCUUCUACCAUAGAGAAAGGUUGAAGUCAAAAGGGAGAGGAAAGUUUAUUCAAUACCUUUUCGUUUCAUUGUUGUUGUUAACUAAAAUACGCUCGUAAACGCCAUUUCUCUAUCGUUUUAAAUGUUCUUCUGGCCAAGUGUUACAAAUAUUCACCUUCAUCUCAGUUUACUGAAAUAGUUUGUGACUCUUUUUUACCAUUUUGCUUAUUAGAUUCCAUUUGUGGGUAUCUGUACAGCUCAAAGGCCUUUUUGUUUUCAUUGGUUAACAAGCCAGCCUGGGCACCAGUGAAACUGUCUCAAACAGGAAAGUAUAGUUCUUAUCGAGAUUCCAUAUACAGUUGUCCAUCAGAAGGACCCAUCUUUGGUAGAGGAUAUGAUAUUUGGAUUGCCAACUACGCCUCAUCCAACACAAUUUCUGGCUCAAACCUUGGAUACACCUACAGUCCACCAUCUGGCCACAGUCCUGGCAGCUCCUUCACCCAAUCAUUCCUAGCAGGAAGUUACUAUUUUCAACCCGAUGAAGUUGAAGUGUUUUAUGAAAGUACAAAGUGAAGUAGGGAUGACAUUCAAAACUUCUGUUUACACCUAUUUACCAACAAUCGAAGCAGACUUUUCUGUCUGGGUUGCCUGUGGGCUAAGGUGAAGUGUUUUAUGAAAGUACGAAGUGAAGUAGCGAUGACAUUCAAAACUUCUGUUUACACCUAUUUACCAACAAUCGAAGCAGACUUUUCUGUCUGGGUUGCCUGUGGGCUAAGGUGAAGUGUUUUAUGAAAGUACGAAGUGAAGUAGCGAUGACAUUAAAAACACCUGUUUACACCUAUUUACCAACAAUCGAGGCAGAUUUUUCUAUCUGGGUUGCCUGUGGGCUAAGGCCACAAACUGAGAUAAAGCUUGGACAGAUCAGUUUAGGUAGUAGCACUAAACUGUGCUAUUAUAUAUACAGGUAUCAUCAUUUUUAGUCUUUGGAGAGAGUUCGCAAAUUGAUCAAAGUAAACUCGUGAUCAAAGUGAACUCGUGGAUAAACUGUGAAGAAUAUUAUAAGAAUAGGCAGUGAUUGUACUAAGCUGUCAAUUAUUCUGUGAUUCCAAGAUACAGAAUCAAGCCUUUAUCUCCAAAUUGAUCCGCUUUAUUUAACAUUUAUUUCGACCUGAUGAAGUUGACGUGUUUUAUGAAGCUACUUGAAGCAAACAAAUUCCUAUUUACUGACGAUAUAGCACAAAACUUAGCAAUUAUGUAUACGGAUACCAUCAUUUUUACUCGUGGGGGAGAGUACGAAAAUAAUAUGUAAGCUCUCCCCAGUCUCAUUUGGCCGUGCUAACGCAAUGAAAUUUGCUCAUCGAAUUCUGAUAUCCACUAUUAAAAAGGGCGAGAUUUGCGUCAUCUUGCACGAUGAUAUUACCGUGUUGCGCAGUAUUUUUCGAGCCUUGUAGGGCGAGGGAAAAUAUGAGCAAUGGGCAAAAUGUCAGAUCGUAUUAUUUGUCAAAUCAUCGAUGGAGAUAUUUACUAUUGCACGAUUAUUCCAUUUUCUAUUAUUUCGGUGUGACCUUUGUGUUUCUCAGCUUUCAGUCCGUGCUUUUGCCUUGUUCUACAAUAUAAUGUCGUGG